AUGGCCGAGUGGGGCAGUCUAAUUGCCUUUCGAACCUCUCAUCAUAGCUUCUUCUCUCCAUCGAACAUGAUCCCGCGCAACGCCCACAAGAGGUCGCUCUCCUCUGAGCACCGGUCGUUAUCUCCUGACCGAACCGUCGUCAAAGCGAAGUCGACUACCAAUCUCUCCGACAUCGCUUCUUCUAAUGGAACACAAAACUCCGGAUUUGAUGAAAGCAGUUUCAGCACCUUGCAGGACCCGCGAUUGAUGGUCGGGCCGGAGGUCUCACAUUCGACGUCAUCGUCUCACCACCCCGAUUUGAGCAACGAAGUAGCAGCAUUGUCUGUGAAAUUGAUUCAGGCCAUCAACAACCAAACAAACCUCGAUGACAGCCUGGUUGCUACCCGUCAAGAGCUAGAGUUGGCUCAGGGCAAGAUUCAAGCUCUGGAGUUCCAGAAUGAGAAGUACCGACGAGACCUUGACAACAAAGUCUAUAUCAAAAAGUUCGACUCUGAUCGUGAAAUUUCGCGGCUUCGCGAUGCGUUAGCGGAAGAAACGAGUCAGCGUCUCGUUGCUGAAAAGGGCAGGAAGAAUAUUGAGCAAGAAGUGGAAACUCUUACUGCGGCUCUUUUUGAAGAAGCCAAUAAGAUGGUGGCUGCAGCUAAAAUCGAACGAGAGGCGGUGGAGAAGAAGAAUGAGCAGUUACGUUCACAAGUCAAAGACACCGAGUUGCUCCUGGCAUCGCACCAAGACCAGCUUGCUGAGCUCAAGUCUGUCAUGCAAGAUAUGAACCUUCAAAAAGAUGACUUGGAAAGCCGUGCCACUACCACUCCGUCGUCCCCGGACGAACUUUCACAAGCGCAAGGUUCUAGUAGCCAAGAGACCGAGCUUGAACCCGCUCCUGUGUUGAUUGGCAACCUUGAGGAGUUCGCCCCGGGCCCUUCCUCCAGCUUCCCGCAGCUCCUCCGCAUGGUCAGCCGGACGGAUUUACAGGCUUAUGAGGAUUUCCGCGAUCUGCUGGUACUCUCUCGGAGCUCCAAACCUCCUAGCCGUGCUGCUAGUGGGUCAUAUGGAGGCCUGAACGUGAUGGGUCUGGCAGGCUUUGCUAGUGGAGGAUCUCCGUCGUCGACCUCAUCACCCACAAAAGGGUUUACCCAUUCCCCCAAUGGGAGCACAUCUUCUACAACGGGAUCGAAUUUUUCCUUGAAGGAAACUCGCUUCUACAAGCGUGUCCUUAUGGAGGAUAUUGAACCUACAUUGAGACUAGAUCUAGCCCCAGGGAUCUCAUGGCUGACCCGACGUACCGUUCUAAGUGGUAUCUGCGAGGGCAGUCUUAUCGUGGAGCCAAUGCCCCCAUCAGCCAAGAAAUUCGAAUUCCCCUGCUCUGUCUGUGGUGAACGCAGACCUGGCACGCCCAACGAGAGAACACAUCGUUUCCGAACGUCAGAUAGCGAGUCCGCUCAAAGGUACUCACUCUGUAUUCUCUGCUUAGAAAGAGUGCGCUCGUGUUGCGAGUUCACUGGUUACCUACGUCUCAUCCUUGAUGGACAUCUUCGGGCUGGCGAUACCGAAGAAGAAAAGGAAAUCUGGGAUGAGACUAUCCGCCUCAGAGAAAGGAUGUUCUGGUCCCGUGUCGGAGGAGGCAUUAUUCCAAUGUGCCAUCGCCCAAGCGAGCCAGAGACGGAGCCGGCCAGCACAGAGUCUAAUAAUGACACCGCCGAGGACGAUGAUGACCGCUAUCUCUAUCCUGUGGACGUUACUCACAUCGAGCCCAGGAUGGAGAAAGCAUCAGCGGCGGAUCAACUCGCGCCGGAAACACCAAUCACAGAAACCGCUACUGAGCACAUAACCCACCCUGAUGUUCCUCGACCUCAAAGUUCCAUCUAUGACAGGGACGACGCUGCUUCUUUGAGUGACUCGGAACGAAAGAGAGUUUCCACCGAUUCAGCAGCAAGCGUUUAUGAAGAAGCUAGCGCUGACGUGGAUGCCAAUUCCACGGUCCCUGUCCCCAACGAGCCCUCGAUCGUUCAGAGUCGAGAGACGGAGACAGACACAGACUUCGCCAGACCCAAUGGUUUGAGCAACUCUUGA